UUAAAUCUCCCUCCCUCUCUCACACACAUUGGACAAUAGACAUACAGCUGUCAAGAUGAAUAAUUAAACGUUUUUAUGUAAUUAAUCAAUUAAUUAGUGGAAGAUUGCUUUGUUGUUUCUCCAAGAAAAAGGUGUAAAAGAUGAUAUUCUAAUUAAGAUGUAAAAUAUCAUCUAUUGUUUCAUUCAAGUUCAACAUACACACCCUUUCUUUACUUCUCUAAUUUUCUCCAUAUUUUUUUUCGUCACAAAAACAAAAAGGAGAGGUGCAAAUCAUCAAUUGAUAACAAAAAUUAAAAACAAUCCAUCUUUCAAUGAAAGAAUUGCUUGGAUCUUAUCACACUUCAAAUUUCAGGAAUGGCAACAAGACUCUUAUAUGCCAAAAAUCCAAUAGCUAGUAAUUUCCCAAACAAUUCAUACAAAAUUGGCAAAAUUCAAAAUGGAUAGAAUUAUUGAAUUGAAGAGAAGUACAGAAUCCAUAAAGAGGACAAUGAUGAUGCAUGAGGAUAUUUUCAAACAACAGGUAAAAGAGCUCCACAAACUAUACCAUCUUCAAAGGAAACUGAUGCUGGAUGUGAAGAAUGAGAUGUCAAAGAUAGAGGAUGCAAGACACAAAUCCAUGAUCAACAACAUGUCUACUUGGCAUGAACCUAGAAGAGAAAUAGAGUUUAAUGGUGUUAAUGUUUAUGGUUUAGGAGAUGAUCAACAAAGAGAAACAAGUGGUAGUUGCUCAGGUGAGAACUCAAAAACAAUAUUAAUACCAAUUAGAGGAUUGAAUAUUGAAAUGGAAGAAAGAAGUUCAACUAGUAAUUAUGAGGAUGAGAAGAUGAAAAAUAGUAAUACUCAUAGAUGUGAUGAGGAAACAAAUGUGGAGCUAACACUAAGUAUUGGACCUAGCAAUAGUAAAAAAAGAUUGAAAAGUCAUAAUAAAGAAAAGGAGAUAAGUUUUUCUACUUCAACAAAGUUUGAAGAUUGUGGUGAUGCUACUUCAAGUGUUAUAUUCAACAAAGAAAGUGCCCCUCAAGCUUAUUGGUUUUCCCAAGAUCUUAGUUUAAAUAGGAGAUCAUAGGUUGUAUUAACUUCAAUUUCAUUCUUUUGUAGUUAUUAUAUGGAAGGCUAGUUUGUAAUUCCUUUCAAAAUCUUCAAUGUGCUUUUUUUUUUUUUUGUCAAUUUUCAUACUUGUAUAUUUUCACUUUUUUGUGUGUCAAUAUUUUCAUAAUAAAUAGGUUAGAAUAUUGUCACACAAGUGGUUGAAAAGUUGUUUGAGAAAGAUCUUCAA